CCCCACUAUGUGGCCGUAGUGACUAUCCCCCCAUGAUGAAAAGUCUGGGUGGGGUGGGGGAGAAGCGGAGGGGCUUAUGUUUUAUAAGAGGCGAGAUCAAAAAUUUAAUGCUCAGAACGACUGAGAGAACUUCACGAGCUGGAAACUUCAUAUACCCCACGCCUGCUGCGUGAGCAACACUGCUUUGAUUCGACACUCCGCUAUCUGAUCAGCAAAGGAGUAAGAUUACUGAGCAGGCUGUAAAGGUUUGCACUGACAGAAUCAAGACUCAACUUCUGAAGAGCAAACCCAAAGCGGAAUACUGAAGAUGAAGUCCAGCCUGGGUGUAGCCACUCUUCUCUGCUUCACCACCUGGAUGAGCUUGGCCCAUGCAAACUUUAAACCUGGAGAGAGCUGCUGUGUCUCGUGGACCAAAAGAAGAAUCCCACUUGACCGAAUUGUGAAUUACGCCAUUCAGUCUGAAGCUGCUUGUCGCAUCAAAGCAGUACGGUUACGGACUGUGCAUGGAAACACAAUUUGCGCCAAUCCAGACGCUGACUGGACAAAAAAAGCAAUGGAGUGGGUGGACAAGAAGAAAGAAAAACCAGCACUAGCAACAUCUGCACCAACAACAUCCGCACCAACAACAUCCACACCAACAACAUCCGCACCAACAACAUCCAAACCAGCAUCCACACCAACAACAUCCACACCAACAACAUCCACAACAACAACAUCCACACCAACAACCGGAAUACUAAAGAUGCAGCCCAGCCUGGUUUUAGCCACUCUUCUCUGUUUCACUACCUGGAUGAGCUCAGUCCGUGCAACCCCUAUAAGCAUAAGAAGUUGUUGUGUCUCGUGGUCCAAAACCAGAGUCCCACUUGACCGAAUUGUGAAUUACACCAUUCAGACUGAAGAUACUUGUCGCAUCAAAGCAGUACAGUUACGGACCGUGCUUGCAAAGACAAUCUGUGCCAAACCAGACGCUGACUGGACAAAAAAAGCAAUUGAGAAGGUGGACAAGGAGAGGUCACAAAAGGGAUUCGCAAGUGAGAUGACACCAACAGGAUCCACUCUAGCAACAUCCCCAACAUCAGAAAAGAUCCCUCAAAAGAAUGUCACUUUGGGAGAGGACACGCAAGAGGGAGGAACAAGGAGCAGUGAAAAUGUGUCCCAGAAAUCCCCCCCAAAUUAAAGCUUACUAAAAUCAGGAAAUGUCACUCUACUUAGCUUUACCGCUCUUGCUAUAUUUCAUCAUUAAAAUUAAAAAAAGGAAUAAUAUAGCUACAUAGUAUAAUAUAAUAUAUAUAUAUAUAUAUAUAUAUAUAUAAAUGUCAGUUUGUCAUGUUUCAUUGUCAUAAAUAUGUUUGUUUUAAAAAAGUGUAUAUUUAAAACUUUCCCACAAUCAAUUAAAGUUACU